ACCUCUUUCUCUCUCCCUGCCUCUGCUCUACGGCAAUGAGGAGCCCUUGUUGUGAUAAGCAAGGCACCAACAGGGGGGCGUGGUCCAAAGAGGAGGACCAGAAGCUCAUCGACUACGUCGGAGUGCAUGGAGAAGGCUGCUGGAGAGCACUCCCCAAGGCUGCAGGGCUGCUUCGGUGCGGUAAGAGUUGCAGGCUUCGAUGGAUCAACUACCUCCGGCCUGAUGUUAAGAGAGGGAACUUCCAGGAGGACGAAGCCGACCUCAUCAUCAAGCUCCAUGCCUUGCUCGGCAACCGGUGGUCGUUGAUAGCUGGGAGGCUGCCGGGGCGAACCGACAACGAGGUGAAGAACUACUGGAACUCUCAUCUGAGGAAGAAGCUCACAAGCAUGGGUAUCGAUCCUGACAACCACCGCGUGGCCCGGAAGGUGCCGCUCCAUCAAUCUCGGAGCUCAAACAGUGCGACUCCAUCGAGUUACGGCACGAGAAACUAUAAGAACAUGUCGUUCUGGCAUCUCAACUCCACGGUGGGCGACGACCGAGUGCGGUGUGCUGGUAGCGGCAGCCUGGAGGAGAAUUCCAGCGGCUUGCCGGAUCUAAACCUUGACCUUACGAUCUGCAUACCGUCAUCGGUCAUGGAGAAGAACACGGCCAACCCGACGCUCCUUCUCUUUCGCUAACUUGGGAUGAUUAAUGCCCUGUAUCAGAAAGGUCGAGUGGAGGUAACGUCGAAGAGGGCAUGAGUGCUCCAAAGAUUAUGUACAGAUCUGCGUUGUUUGUGGUAUGUGCGUAAUCGCAGUAACCCACAGAAGAUAUACAUAUCUUGCUGUGCUGCAGCGACAGACACAAAUCAGAAUUGACGAAGGUAACUGUCGUACAACACAACAAAGGAUUUGUAGUUUAGAAGAAGCUCCAAAGUAUUGUAAUAUGAAGCCACAACAGCAGACGUAUAUAUAUCGUUGUCACGAAACCUUAA